UUCCGUAUACACAGAGCACAGAUGACGCUGCAGUCCGUCCACUAUUCUCUUCCGCCUUCCACAUCGGCUGGAUCUAACGAAACCUCCAACACCGACUGGCCUCAUUUACCAACGCAUUUACUACGGACAAAAAAUGGGUGAAGCUGUCGACACCACGACGCUGUGUCUCUUCGACGUGGACGGGACGCUGACUGCCGCUCGACAGAGGGUGACUCCCGGGAUGGAGGACUUCCUGCAGCGUCUGCGGCGGCGUGUUAGAGUCGGCGUGGUGGGGGGGUCGGACUAUAUCAAGAUCAAAGAACAACUGGGAGACGAUGUGGUAGAGAAGGUGGACUAUCUGUUUGCUGAGAACGGAUUGGUGGCCUAUCAGAAUGGACAGCUGGUAGCAGUACAGAGUAUCCAGGCGUACAUGGGGGAGGAUCUUCUUCAAGACUUCAUCAACUUCUGUCUCAACUACCUGUCCAAGAUUACACUACCCAGGAAGAGGGGGACCUUUAUAGAGUUCCGUAAUGGGAUGUUGAACGUGUCCCCUGUGGGGCGGAGCUGCAGUCAGGAGGAGAGACUGGAGUUCUACCAGCUGGACCAGGUACGGAGGGAUGAUGUCUGUCUGGGUCGUUAGGUUGGAGUUCUACCAGCUGGACCAGGUACGGAGGGAUGAUGUCUGUCUGGGU